AUGGAGCAUGUUAAUAACUUUUACCAGACGAUUCUGAAAUCUUCACAUCCAUUAAUGCUUUCGCUGCAUUUAGGAGCAAAAGCUGCCCCAUUGAUCUUCUACAUUCUGGGUUCCCUGUUCCUGAAUUUCACUGCACAGUUCAUAGUCGUGGUACUUUUGCUGACGGUCGAUUUCUAUCUCACGAAGAACAUAAGUGGUCGAAAAUUGGUUCAGCUACGUUGGUGGUACGAUCCCACCACUGAGAAUGCACAGACUUUCAAAUUUGAAUCUUACAAACAGUAUGCACCUGGCCCUCCAAUCAAUCCAAUUGAUGCAAAACUGUUUUGGUGGUCUUUAUAUUUGACUCCAAUCGUAUGGGCAGUGUUUGCAAUCUUCUGCGUUUUAAGGCUCAAAGUUCUGUACUUGUUACUUGUUGGAGUUGCUAUCGCUCUGACUGGCUGGAAUGCGUACGGGUUUCGCAAUUGUGAUAAAUGGAACCCUAACGCUCAAUCAGAUACGGAAGGCAGUUGGUUCCAAAUGCCCACCAUUCCUGUCCUAGAGAAUUUACAAAGAUUUACUGCCGUACAGUCUUUUUUCCAAAAUAGAUCAUAG